GAUACCACAUUGGUAGAGUAACCCAAGUUAAGUGAUUUAUGGUUUCCGGUUUUCAAUUCCAGGUUCUUCAGUAAUAAUGGCUCUAGUAGAAAGAAUGAGUAUCCUUGGGAUCCGUAGUUUUGGGCAUGAAACGCCCCAGAAGAUUGAGUUUUUCACCCCUGUAACUCUUAUCCUCGGUCCGAACGGGACGGGCAAGACUACUAUCAUCGAGUGCCUGAAGUACUCUACAACGGGAGAUCUUCCUCCGGGUUCAAAAACGGGUUGUUCGUUCAUCCACGAUCCACGGAUCGCCCGGGAAACGGAAGUGAAAGCCAAAGUCACUCUUCAAAUUAAGGAUGUUCGCGGUCAGCCAAUGAUUGUCUCCAGAGCGUUGGUCGCUACGCAACGAGAUAAGGCCAAGCAAGGCACUCUGAAAACACUUGAUGGGUCUAUCAAACGUCAGCUUCCUGACGGCAGCAUAACCAGUAUCAGUUCUAAGUGCGCGGAAAUUGAUCAAGAGAUGGUUACCAGUCUUGGUGUCUCCAAAGCCGUGCUGGAAAAUGUGAUAUUUUGUCACCAAGAGGAUUCUAACUGGCCACUUCAAGAGGCCAAGUCUGUAAAACAACGUUUUGACGACCUGUUCGCUUCUUCGCGCUAUGUGAAGGCUCUGGACGCCAUGCGAAAGUGCAAACAGGAAAAGGAUACUACGAUCAAAGUGUACAAAGCAGAGCUGAAACAUCUGAGCAAAAGUCGUGACGAAGCCGCAAAGAUUCGGUGUGAACGGGAAGAACUACAGCAUUCAAUAGAAAAACAAGAACAGUUACUUGCUAGCGUGACAGCAAAACUCAAUCCCAUCGUUGAACAACUUAAUUUGUACAAACAGAAGUACGCUGAACUUAUUCAACUGCAAGCUCAACUAAAAUCACAUGAAGCCGAGAAAGCUCAUUUGGAAGAGGCUAUUAGUAAUCUUCGAGCCAAUAUAAAAGAAGAAUUCGAUGGGAAUAAUGAAGAACUGUCUACUCUGGUAGAGGAUUCUGGGACGGAACUUGAGCGAAAACAGCUUAAUCUAUCCAGAUUGGAAGAGGCCGAACAGACGAAUCGGGUGAAAAUGCGUGAAUCGGAAGCUCAGCGGAACAAGGCGAUGGUGGAAAUUGCACAGUUGGAGCUGCAUGUGAAGAAUUUAUCGGAGACGAUAUCCAACCGAAACAGUUUACUGCGAUCCGCUGUAGAGCAAUGUGGUCUGGCAGAUGUCGCAUCGUUUCUGGAGUCUGAUAGCACAAUGACUGAAGAACAUGUCAUGUCUGUGACUUCUGAACUGCAACGGCACAUGGAUAGUACCAUGGAGGCGGAGUUACGUCUAAAGGAGCGAAUGCGAAAAUUUGAGGCGGAGGAAACGGAACGCGUGAAUCAAGCCAUUAACGAGCUAGCUCGCGUCGAACAUAACCAUGAAGAGGCUCAGCGCUGCUUGAGGGAGACGCGUUCUGAAAUAACUUCGCUGAAAAGACGUGUGGAAAAUGCCAAGUCAGUCAUCUCGCAGAUGGAGAGUGUCAGAAAUGAACUGUUGAAUGCAGAGGCUCAUGUCGACCAGUUGUGCACCAGCAGCGAGUUGAAAGAUACACGCGAGCAACUGCAACAUCUCUCCGAAGUUCGGAAGGCUACUGAACAAUCUUUGCUAACACUGGAUGAGAAAAUUGCAAUGUUGCAACAAAACUCCUCACAACGCCAGCAACUGGACGUCCUUAGGAAAGAUCGCGACAGCAAAUUCGAAUCAGCCCGCAAAAUACGCAGUCGACAUCUCGAGGCCUUAGAACAGGUCUUUGGAACCAAUUCCGUUCCUACAAUUAUCUCAGAAGUUGAUAUCGCAGUCGCACUUGAUCGCUCGAAGGGACGUGCCCAACAGACCACCACCAUUCAAGACAGACUACGUCAUUCCUUCUUGACCCGAUUGUCAUCACUGGAGCAGAGUACACGGGAGGCAAGAAAACGCCUUGCCAAAUAUGAACAAGAGAAGUCUGUGCUGGAGACGAAGACAAAGUUCACUCGAUCGCAACUACAAGGAAAGCAAAAACAAGCAGAUCAAAUGGCAGAACGCAUCCUCAGCGCAGCGGGUUCCGCUGAUUUGGAACAGUGCCUGUCGAGGUUACAACAGAGACGGAAACUUCUAGAAGAAGAAUGUGCGAAUGAACAGGGAAGUCUCUAUCUAUGGUGUAAAUUUCGGGAUCGUUUGGCACGUUCGGAUCCGGACUGUCCCGUCUGCCAUCGGCAGUUGUCAGACCGUUCAGAGCAGGACGAACUUCUGACCGAGAUGAACCAACGCAUCGAAUCAAUGCCCGGCGAAUUUGAGCGAAAAAAAGUUGAGCUUGCUCAGCUGGUGACGCAACAUGAGACGUUGCUGGAGCUCCGACCGAUCUACUCAGAACUUGAACACUUACGCAAAACAGAUAUCCCUGCUUUGGAGGCACAACUGAAUACAGAGCUGGAAAGCCUACAGACUGCUAGGGACAACAGCGAACAGGAGACUGCACGUCUGGAAGCAUGCCAUGCGGACGAAGCUUUAGCCAGAUCCAUUCAAGGCGACCUGGCUGUAUUCGAACGGAUGGAAAAUGAUAUCAUAGAACUCAGCGGAAAAAUUGCGCGACUGCAAGCAGAAAGUGGAGAGACCAUGGAAGGCACCGAGACCGUGGAUGCCCUCCAGGAAGAACGAAGAACACUCCGUGAUAAACAAAUUUCGGUGACUUCGGAAAUGACUAGACUACAGGAUCAUGUGCAGCAGUUGGACGAAGCUCAACGUGACGCAACUGAUACGGUGCAUCGAAUAAAGGAUAACUUACAUAAGUUGGAGCAGGAAAACCAAACUAAUCUGCGUCUUACUGAUGACAUCGCUCGCCUGAGUGACACCGAAAAACAGCUUCAGAAACGGCUUCAAGAACUGGAAUCACAUGAGCUUCCGAAAGCAAAGCAGGCGAGACACAUCGCCGUAAGUGAGAGGACUGCUGGUUCGGCAACCCGGGAGAAAGAACUUGAAGAAUCAGCAGAAAAGACCGGGAAAUUGCGCGACCUCAUCCGUCAAGUUGACCAAGCAUGUGCUGCUGUUUCUACAGCUUCGAAAGUUGGUUCAAAGCACAAGUUAGCUCAAGUUCAACAACAGUUGACGAAUCUUGAGCAAGCUAUUGCCCACUUGCAUGGAGUCGCGGAGCGAAACACGAAAGACCUGGAACUUGCUCGCCAGCAAGUGCAUGAGCACAAGAUUCGUCAGCGUGAGCUGACCGACUGUGUACAGUUGCGACAAUUGCGAAGCCAAAUGGGCCAGUUGACCUUGCGCAUCGAAGACCUCUCAAAUCGCCUCGCUUCAUGCCAUUCCGUUACUGGAACUGAUCAAGACCUCGUCAAAGAAACAAAGCGAUUGUCCUCAGAGGAAGAACGACUCCAAGCCGAGAAACAUGCGGUCACGAAUCAACUGGGUCAACUUACAGCAAAGUUGCAGUACCUCGAACGUGACCUGAAAGAGAAGUACGCCGAGUCGGACAGAGAAUACUUGGACAUGAUGUACCAGCUCAAGACCACGGAGCUAGCCUGUUCCGACCUCGAACGCUAUUACAACGCUCUGGAUAGAGCAAUCUUGGCUUAUCAUGCGGCGAAAAUGUCCGACCUUAACAAAAUUAUCCGCGAACUCUGGCGGAGUACUUAUCGAGGAAAUGAUAUUGACUACAUCGAGAUAUGCAGCGAGGAAGAAGCAGCGACUGCAGCUUCCAACGCUACACGCUCCCGUCGAACCUACAACUACCGUGUGGUGAUGGUCAAAGCCACUGGUGGCGUGGCUGCUCCCACCGCAUCAAGUCGAGCAGCGAAAUCGAAAUCGGUACAGUCAUAUGAGGCCCGUUUAGAUAUGCGCGGCCGUUGCUCAGCUGGGCAAAAAGUACUGGCUAGUCUAAUUAUCCGACUAGCUUUGGCGGAAGUUUUUUGUCUGCACUGCGGAGUUCUCGCACUGGAUGAACCGACGACGAACUUAGAUAGAGAGAACAUUGAAAGCCUGGCCUAUGCGUUGGUCGAAAUUAUCAAGAGCCGCAAACAACAGAAAAACUUUCAGCUGAUAGUAAUUACCCAUGAUGAAGAUUUCGUUGAAUUGUUGGGACGGUCGGACUUUGUAGAGCAUUUCUUUAUGCUUUCCCGCAAUACCCAGGGUCUAUCAGAAAUCCGGAAGGUGCCGAUCGAAGAACACUUCCACUAACCACCCUUCCAGCAGAGCUUCUGCUAAAAGCCUUUUCACCGUGUUAUUGUAUGCUUUUUCAUCAACAGAGCUCCCU